AAUCCCCAGGUUGAAAUGAGUAACAGCAAAUACGUGAAGUACAUGGCUCAAAAGGAAAAAUUCCAGGAAUUAGAAAAUUUAAAGUUAAAAUUGGAUGGAUUGCGAGGAAAGAAGGAAAAUGGAGAAGAGUUAACUGACGAAGAAGAAACAAUGCUGCACGAAUAUGCUAUUGUAGUUCUCCAAUUGGAAACAAUGAGGCCAUUGUUGGAAGCCUUCGAGGAAGAAGGAAUGCCUUCAUCAGAUUUGGGAAAGCGCGCUGAGGAGUACGAGUCACUGCUGUGCGAUUAUCCGCACUGUCGUAGCCGCGUGAUUGGCUCGAGACUGGUGGCGCAAAGUAUCAGUCAGCCGCUCAAAACCGCUGAGGAAGAGGAAACUGAUACUGAAGACCUAAUAUUUGAGAUAACAAGUCUCAACACUCGCAUGAAAAUUAAAAAGGAGAAAAAAGAGAAGAAGGAGAAAAAGGCCCAGGUGAUGAAGGCCAGGUCAAAGAGCUCCAAGGUAGUCAAAGGUUCAGUUAUUAUAAAUGAAGAUGAAAUAGCAGAACUUGUAAAAGUAUCAAGCCUGAAACAAGAUCUUCAAAAAGGAUUAGACCAACUCAAAAGUGACUAUGUGAAACAUUUGUCUCUGCGUUCAGCUUCUGGGUCUAUAGAAAACCUUAAAAUAGAUCAUGAAGGUGAGACUUACACUUUACAAGAAAUUGCUCAAAUUGGAAAAAAAGGAUCCCAGCUACUAGUAGUCAAUUUAUCUGGUUUUCCCACUUUAAUGAGGGAUGUUCUCAAAGCUAUCAAUGAUUCUGGAAUGGGUUUAAACCCACAACAGGAUGGGACAACAAUUUUUAUUCCUAUUCCAAAGGUUACAAGGGAGUAUCGUGAAAAUCUCGCCAAGAAUGCCAAAACAAUGUUUCAGAAAUUUAAAGACCAUAGCCGUGACAUCCAAAAUAGAUACAUCCGUGAUGUAAAGAAAAAGGAAAAAGAAGUUUCUUCAGAUUUAUCUCACUCUGUUCAGCAACAAAUUCAAACCAUGACUGAGCAAUACGUUGUCGAAGGUGAAAAAGUCAUGAUUGCCAAACAAAACGAACUUCUAGGAAAGGAAUAAGAAAGAGUAAAGACAUUUCUAGAACGAAUUCGUUGUUAUUUUCAAAGUGUAAUUCAUUAUCUUCAUAGUACAUCAUUAUUAGUCUGAA